AUGCAGCGAAUCUACAUGCAAAGCAGUGAACACUUUGAAGUCUUCACCACUGUCCUUGCUCCUCAAGGGAGGUAUCGAUACAGGGCAGAAGCUGAAAAGAUGGUGGUGGUGCACAGCUACAGGCCUCACUGGCCAGAUGAGCUGGUGCUGUCUCCGGGUGACGUCAUCCUGGUGCUGUCCAAACAUGAGGAGGAGAGGUGGUUUGGGCGGCUGCAGGACGGGCAGCAGGGCUACUUCCCCGCCUCAUGCGUGAUGGAGCUGGGCCAGGUGCCUCCUAAAGGCUUACGGAGGAGCGUAUCUCUGAGGAUCUCGGCCGGUGACGCUGAGCGCGUUAGAUAUGGAAAUGGACACAUUCUGCAGGCACUCAGGAGGGGGAGCAGAGGAGGUGGAGCGGCAGGAGGAGGUGGAGGAGGAGUGGGGUUGGAUGGGGGCCAGGGUGAGCGCGAGGGCCCCUUCCUGGUGCAGAGGCCCCAGAUCCCUGCUCCCCAGCCCGUGGCCUCCCAGCCCCAGACACACAGAUCUCCAAGCUUGCUCCACAGGAUCUUGUCCAAGUGCCGGAAAAAGAGUGAAUGCCAGGGAGCCACCAAUGGGGCCUUCGAGGGCGACUAA